CAGCAGCAGGAGCAGCUGCUGCAGCAGGCGCUGCAGCAGAAGCUGCAGCCGCUGCCGAGGCGAGUGCGCCCCCCUGAUGUUGUUAACCUCGUCUGGGAGCUGCCAGUUGUUGUCACCCCGGGGGACUGGGUGCAGCAGCAGCUGCAGCCGCAGCAGCAGCAGCAGCAGCAGCAGGAAGAAUGGUGGCUGGGGGACCUUCAGAGACGCUCCAGCGGGGUGUCUGCGCUGCUGGGCUGCGCUGCUUCUCGCGCCCGCCGCGAGCUGCUGCUCUAA